AUGUUAUUUCGAGAACGAUUCCUUGAUGAUGUCGUAGGCUUACACUGCUUGUCUUCUCAUGAUCCAUUUUCAUUGGGGAUCGUAGGAUGGAUAAGAAUGAUUUGUAAGGAACAAAAACCUCAUCGUUUAGCAUCUCUCGGCAGAGUUAUAAAAGUUUGGGUAUCCGAGCGGGAGAGAUAUAGCGCCAGUAAAUCUAGACGAGCUUCCCUCUCCCGAAACAUCGCGAUACCUCUCUUGCUUUUGACUCGUUGCAUGCUACGCUGCGUUGCGGUUGCGUUGCGCGUUGUUGAGUUGUGGAUGCGG